AUGGCUGACAAAGAAAACAGAAGUAUGGAUGUCGAUAAGAGAAAGAAUAAACCUUGUGGCAGUCAAGUUAAGCCAUUAGCUGACGAAGUUAGCCAAAGAAAAGACAACUGGGGCAGCACUGACGGCGAGAAGGACGCCGAAGAAAGCCGUGCCACGACACAAUACUGCGAGAAACUACAGGCAUGGAUGUGGCAGUACUACAGUGGAUAUGUGAACUGGCAAAGCUGGCUAGCAGCGUCAGCCAUGUCCUACCCUUACUGUUUACAGCCACCUAACGGGACUUCGACCGUUCUUGAUAUCAACUCCCAGCACUGGCAUAACAAUCCGUUUGGUCUUCCGUUGCCUCCUUACCCACCCGCGGCCGGCUCCUCGAGCGGCCGUGCAGGUGAAGCCAUCGUCGGGGCAGCAGUGCCUGCUCAGCCGCAGCAGCAGCAGCCGAGGGAGAAUGGAAAUGCACCGAGACCAGGCCGAGAGUACAGUAUUCCUUCUCCUCUCCAAAGACUAAUGGCUGAGAUGGUGGAUUUCUUCAUAUUGUUUUUCAUCAAAGCAACUAUAAUCAUCAGUAUUAUGCACCUUAGUGGAAUCAAAGAUGUUUCCAAGUUCGCCAUGCAUUUUAUAGUGGAGGAAAUCGAUGAAGACACAUCGAUGGAGGAGCUGCAGAAAAUGAUGCUUGUUGCUCUUGUGUAUCGGAUAUUAGUUUGUUUUUAUGAGAUCAUAUGCAUUUGGGGAGCAGGAGGAGCCACUCCCGGAAAGUUUCUCAUUGGACUCAGAGUCGUGACAUGUGACUCAUCGGUUCUGGUUCAGCCUAACAGGGUUCUUGUCGUGCCAGCAACUAAUGUCUCUCUUUCUGCAUCGACUGUUCGAGCCUUGAAUAAGAACUUUUCCAUUGCCUUCUUCUUCCCAGCCUUCAUCACUCUUCUGUUCUUCCAGCACAACAGGACUGUGUAUGAUAUGGUUGCUGGUACAAUUGUUGUCAAGCGAUCCAGGGCCAGAUGAUGCUGCACAGAAGAAUGGUCCCACAAUAACUCUGAACAGGCACUGAGUGACAGUUUGUUUUCUUUUUAAAAAUAUAUAAUGUCGACUGAACUCAGACACCUCCCUUUCAAGGUAUUGUCAGAGCACAAGAGAAUCGGGAUGGUUGCAUUGAGUUUGAGACACACCAAUAUGAACUGUUUCAAUUUGGAUUGUUGUGUUUCUGACACACACACUGUAUUUCUGCAUGUAUGUCUACAUGCUGCUUUCAGAAUCAGGUCCUGUGCAAGGAAAAAAUGAUGGUAUCUGCUAAGUCUUUAUUGACAGAAGAUUCGCUUCCUUUUUAAAAUUGUCUUUCAAGAUUAAGGGUGACUGUCUAACUUGGAUAACUCAGUAUUUAAAGUUUCAGUAGGCAAGGAAACCAGAGAAGACAGGAUUUUAUUUAAAAGAACACCUUUUUUUGUUCUGUUUAGCCACCCCCCACUUUAAAAAAAAAAAAAAAAUUAAUAAUAAUAUAUAAUAACAUUUUGCACAAGUCCUUUAAUUAAUCAAUCACUUUGUCAUUUGUUACUUACUUAAAAUGAUCUCUAAUGCACGAACAUUUCCCCUUUUAAGGAGGAGCAGAGUCUAGGAGAUAGAUAUGUAGUUGGCAUUAACAUACACAGCUGUUGACAGUGACACUGGAUGUAAGUCAGAUCACCUAAUUUUGCUUUGAAUCGUUUACUUUUCAAUUGCAGUUUGACAAGGCAGAUGGGGAGUGCUAAAUUUCUGUCCCAUCUAAAGGUGCUGACGCUGUCUCAGCAGCAGCUUAACCAGGCAUUAACAAGUGCUCAUGUCAUUUUUCCAAGCGUUUAUUUUCUGGUCAUUUCCUGGGGGAUGUGCGUUGUGAUUGGCCGAGGUCUACUGGGGCAAAUUUUAUUAUUAUUUUUUUUUUUAAAAAGCUUGACGACAGAGCUGGGAGAAGGUGCAAGACUCUAGUUUCCUUUCCAUCUGCUUGAGUUAUUAUGCAGUUUUUUCUAAAAACAUUUUGCCUGCAACAGGUUUAAGUUGCUAAUCCUGCAUUAAUGAGAUUACGCCAUCAAGUAUGUCUUUGUAUUAAAUACUUACCCUCGGACCUGUAUGCUCAGACUUAAAAUUUUUGAUCAUUGCUCACAGUGGGAAUCAUGCAUUAAUGAUAACGUGUGAUUAUUACUGCUUUGUAAUAGCUGAUUGUAGUAUUAUCAUUAGCACUAACAUUUGGGAGAAAUUAAAGCAGAGGAGUAACAAAUGGAAAAACACCACAUGGCUGGAUGGAUGAUACCACAAUAUGCAAAAUGCCCUAUGAUCUGUGCAAAGGUGAUUGAAGCUGCCGUGGAAUCAAAACCACUUAAGAUCUUAUGAUAAUCCCUACUAAUUGGCCUAAUUUAAUAACAGAUGGCAUUAUCAAGUGUUUACACAUUUAAUUAUGAGAGCUUAUAGAGGAAAUGUACUGUGACAAUUUCUGCUAUAAAAAAUGCAUUAAUGGA